AUGAAUUUUGUUAGCAAAAUGAGUAAAUUCUAUGGAGUUGCUCAUGGGUUCGCAAGAGGUGUUUACACUGAUUGGAAUGAGGCAAAGAAACAAAUUGAUGACUUUCCACAGCCGGUUUUUAAGAAAUUUGAAACUGAAGAAGAUGCUCAACAAUAUGUGGAUGAGCGGAAACCAAAGACUAUUGAGUGUAAGAUUUUUUAGUAUAUUAAAAAUUCUUAGAAGCCAAAAAAAUAUAUUGUCAUUUUUAGAAUGACGGGCUGUUCCGUUACUAUAAUUAAAAAUUGAAACCUCGUUUCUCGAAAAUAUUCCCACCAAAAAUCAUAUUUUUGCAGUAGCAUUUCCCGAACCAACUCAUGACUCAUAUUAUGCAGUUGCUCGCGGAAAUGUUGUCGGAGUUUUCACGGAUUAUUCCGAUGUUAAGAAACAUGUAAUGUUAUUUUUGCAUGCAAUUUUGCUUUCAUUUUUUAAUAACUUUAUUGCGUUUUCACUAAUUUUCGAAAUAUUUUCAAAUUCAAACUCUAUUUCAAUUUUUCAGAUCGCUGGUUAUCCUCAACCACUUCAUAAAAAAUUUGACAAUUUGAACGAGGCGAUUGAGUAUUUCAAGAAGUUUUAUGAGGGAAAAAUUGAUGGAGAAAAAAAUAAGAACAAAAGAGGAAAAGAAAACUGUUGAAAAAAAUGUGGAGAAAAAGAAGGAGCAAACAUAUUAUGCAGUGGCAAGAGGACAUAAAACUGGAGUGUAAGUUUCGGUAGAAAUUGGGGAUUGAGGAUAAAUAUGUGCCCCAAAGAUUUCAGAUUUUGAGAAUUAUUUAUUUUCCAGAUUCCUAACCUGGGAUGAAUGCAAAGCCAACACUUCUGAUUUCAAAGGCGCCAGAUUCAAAAAAUUCGACAAUGAAAAUGAUGCGAAAGAUUUUGCCGAGGGGAAAACUUUGAAACAAAUCGGUUCGUUUUGGUUUUUGAAAAUUGAAGACAAACAUAAAAUUAAUGUUUUUCAGAAGAUUCGAAGACCGGCUCAAAACGUAAAAACGAAGAAGUUCAAGAAGUCGAAAAGAAAAAGAAAAAAUAA